ACUGCAAGCGGAAGGAUCCGAGGUAGAUAGCUCUUGAUGCACGACGCAGUGCUACGCGUUGGCCUCUUCUGUGGCAUCUUUACGCUACAAUGCUGCAUCACGGUGCUGGGCAGUGUGACCCGCGACACGAUCUUCCUGCGCAUCUACGACUCGCGCUACAUCUCGCACAUGACGGUGCUCAUGUCGUUUGCGUCGGCGUACGCCAUGACAGCGGCCGCGCGCCUCCUCCAGCGCGGCAUGCGACCGACCGUUCUCGCAUGCGGCUUUCCAUGCCUCUCGUCGCUGAUUAUGGUCGGACUCUGGCUACUUUUGACGCAGCUCCCGCAGCUGCUGAACGUCUCGAGCAUCGCGCUCUACGUCUGGAUCGAGAUUGCGAUCCAGCUCCUCUCGCAGCAGUUUUGGGAUCUCUGCGCCGCCGCGUUCACGGUCGCCGAGUCCAAGCAGUACUUUGGCGCCAUCACGUUUGGCUCGACGCUCGGCACGAUCCUCGCCAGCUUUGCAAUCAUCCCGCUCCUCAAAGCGUAUGCGAUUGCGACCGAAGGCAAUGUACUCGUGCUCGCUCUGCUCAUGGGCGUCCUCGGCGCCUUCAUGUGCCUCGUCACGCCCCUCUUCGGCCUCUCGCCGCGCGUCAAAGCCAGCGACGCCUCCUCGAAAGCUGCGUCGACGUCGUCGAUCGUGUCGGACAUUCAGAACCGGUCGUACCUCAAGCACGUGUGCUUUUUCGACAUGGGUGCCACGUUGAUUCGCGUUCUUAUUGACUACCGGACGCUCUCGAUCCUGAGCUCGCACUCGGAAGAGACGCUCAAGUACUCGCUUGGCGCUAUCAACGGCGUCCAGAGCUUCUUUAUGAUCCCGCUCCAGCGAGUAGCUCGUGUCGGGACCGCUUUUUCGUACUUUGGCGUCAUGUACGGCAUCUCGACGCUGCCGCUGGCGAUCGUGCUCUACGGCGCGUCCACGUACUUGUCUUCGUCGCACUUGCUUUUGAUUGGCACGCGCGCGCUUUACAACAGCGUGUCGCACGCGAUCUUCAACCCGGCGCGGGAGCUGCUCUGGCUGCCGCUCAACGCACCCGACCGGACCAAAUUCAAGAGUUUCGUUGUCGGCCCGUUCCGGUCGAUUGCGCGCGUGCUCGGCGCGCUCAUUUCGAUUGUGCUCACGUCCGAUACGAUGCAGCGCUACUGCGGCCCUAGCUCGGUCAGUGUGGUCAUGGUGCUCUUUGGUGUGGCGUGGUUCUUUGAUGCACUUGCCGCACGGCAGUCGUACGCGACCGAGUUUUACGCGUCGCUGAAGAAAGGACACAUGGACCUGACGUCGCCUAUCAUUGACUUUACCACGGACCAAGUCGAGCUCGUCCAAGAGACGCUUCGGAGCGGCGCGUCCAACCAAGUGGCCUUUGUCCUGAGCUUUCUGCAGCCGUCGCACGUCCCGCUCUUCCGCAGCGAAUUACGCGCCGUGUUUAUCAUGCCGGAUGCGUCCUUUCACACGCAAAUGCGCCUUGUGGAGCUGCACCCGCAGGAGCUGCGCCUCGCGUGUCUUCUUGCGUGCGGCCACGAGCGCGGCGCGUCGACGGUCGCCCUUGCCGACGCAUUGCACAAUGCGACCGAUGUCUCGAUGGUCGUCGGCGCUGCGAUCGCGCUGCUUCGGCGGACGCAGUGGAUGGACGAGAAGGCGACGGUCGUGCUCCAGAAGCUGCUCCACGAGCCCCGCGACAUCGAGGCCAAGGUCGUUUGCCUCCGCAUCGUGGGCAAAGAACUGCCGGAGCUUCUCGGCAACGGCUACCUCGUGUACCUUCUCCACGAAACGCAAGCACCGUCGAUCGUUCGCGCUGCCCUGCAGUGCUGUCGGCAGUCGAAGCGAAAUUCGCCGAUGCUGCUGCCCGCGCUCCUCAAGUGGCUGCCCGACGCGACGCUGCGCACCGACGUCAUUGACGCACUCCAAGCGUUCCCGCCCUCGGUGCUCUGGGAGUACGUCAUCGACUUUCUCGACAAGGCCGUUGCUGACGUGGCGCUCGAGCGCAUCAUUGGCGGCGUGCGGCUCGUGGAAGCCGCGGCGUUUCCAUCGGACGCCAAGCUCGACCUCGUCCUCAACAUGAUGGACUCGUUACUCGCCAAGUCGAGUGCGACGUCCGAGCUCCACCUGAGCCAGCUCUUUGGUCUAAGCCAGGUCGAGCUGCCGCUGUGGGAAGCACUCGCUGACGCUGUGCUGCGAAUCGUCGACCACCUCCGGCACGACGAUAGCACCGACGUGCGUGUGUUGGUCAAGCGCAUGGACCACAUUGUGUCGACGCACGUCUUUCGCGGAUACCAGAUGCAGCACUUGCGCCUCCUCUUUGAGGACCCGCACCACCACACGCUACUUUCGCAUGUCGUGGAAGAUACGCUGGACAUGCUUCUUCGCAUGGUGCUCAAGCUCGUCUCGGUGCGGUUUCCGAAAGGCUUCAACAUCCACGUCCUCCUCGAGGGCCUCCACGCUGACGUGCCUGAAGUGCUAUCGGCCGUCCAAGAAGUCCUCGAGACGCUAUUACCGACAAGUGCCAAGUACACGCUCUUGCCGCUUUUGUUUCCGCACGCACCAAAGGCCCCGAUGGCGCUCCAGCUGCUCAAGGACGUCAAGAAGAUCCAGGGCACGCUGCGCAACGACAGUCUCAUGCGUACGAUGCAGGACGACAGCAUUGCGCUCGAGCUCUCGUGUCUGGCGCUCGAGUACUACCUCCACGCGAUCUCGUGCCAUGACCACGACGACGUGGCCGAAACGGCGCGCGUGCUUACGGAGGCCGAGGCGGACCGUCUCUUGGUGCAUAGCAUCACGAAAGACUUGGUGUGCCGCGCGUUCCAGGACCCGCAGUGCCGGCGGGCCAAAGCGUUGGAGCAUCUCUUUCAACGGGCGACGAUGGACGCCGAUUUAGCCCCACUGGCCUUUACGACCUUUGACGUGGUCAUGAGCUUGCGCGCGUGUGCGCUCUUCCGAUCGAUCGCGGUGCUGGAGCUCGUGCAGAAGAUCGCUUGCCACUUUGCGCCGCGCCGUGUUGCGGCGGGUACGACCUUUGUGCAGGAAGGCGACGUCGCGUCGCAAAUGUACGUCUUGGCCAAGGGCAUUGUGGAGCUCCACCAAGCCAACGGCAACGCUCUCACGACGCUCCAUGACGGCGCGUGCGUCGGCGAGCUCGCGCUGCUCACGAGCAAAGGCAAGCACUUGGCCUCGGCGACGGCGACGACCGACGUUGUCGUGCUUGAAAUCUCGCGCGCCAAUCUGCACGCGCUCAUCCACGACAACACGGGCAUCGCGCGCGGCGUUCUGGACGCGCUGGCGUCGACCUUGCGCUGGGCCUAUCUCCAGCUCGAGUCGACGGAAGAGACGAGUCGACUAAAGCGCCUCGUCUUUGCGUCUCAAGUGUCGGUGGCCGCCAACGUGGAUCGGGCCGCAACCACGUUGCUGGCCAAGAUUGGCCGCGCGCGGGCGCAGUCGGCGCACCUUCCACCGCGGUCCAAGCCGCACGCGCACUUGCUCGAGUACUCGAGUCUGAAUUUGAGUGCCAAGCACUUUACGGCCGCGCCGCGUGCGCAGGACGAGGUCACGUACUCGCAUUUGGAGAAGUGCUUGCAUCUCAAGGCGUCCAACCUCAUGAAGGACGUCGACGACGACCUCAUCUCGACGGUCGCGCAAAUGGCCCAAGUCGUGGUGCUCCAGCCGCGCGACGUGCUUUUCGCGGAGGGGUCGCCGGCCAACAGCAUCUACGCGGUCGUCGACGGCACGAUUGUGCUCUCGAUGACCAAGGACGAAAAGACCACCGCGCUCACGCACUGCGGCGCUGGCAUUUGCUUUGGCGAGCUCUCGUUCAUCAAGGGCUCGACGCACGUCAUGUCGGCCACCGCGGCGAUGACGACGACGCAGGCCCGUGUGAUCGUGCUCCAAAUCCCGACGUGGGAGUUUGUCGAGCUCGCCGAGAAGCACACAAAGCUCAUGCACCUCGUCAUGACGUGGAUGUCGCGCAAGAUCACACUCAAGAUGAAGAACGACGCGCUUGCCGUCAUGGCCGAGCACACGCACCUGCCGCUGCGGACGCUACCGAGCUCGCCGAUUGGCAGUCCGCGCGGCAGUCCACGCAAGAAGCCGACGCAGUGGGGCGACGAUGCCGUCGAUGACCUGACGGACGGCACGACGGGCCUUCGUCUGCGCCAAAAUACGUUGUAAGAUGAGCCUACAGGACCCUAGCCCCGUCGACGGCAAACGGUGGCGAUGGAUCCGGCGGAUUGAAUAACUGUUCGGUUGCAAUAAAACCGGU